AUAAUGCACCUCACUCGCUCACCACCAAGAAACAACCACUUACCUUUUCAAGCACAAACAAUAAAAACGAACUCAAUUUCUAACCCUCUCCACAAAAAUUGAUCAUUCUAAAUUGAACAGUCCAUUUCACUCUUCACAAAAACGUUGAUUUUUUUUUUGAGUUUUUCUUAGUCUACUUGCAGAAAAGUACAUAAAAAGGACAACUAAAACAGAGAUUAGAAUUAACAGCUACUUUUCCAUUUCUUCUCAAUCCAGUUCAUCAUUUCCUUGUGUCUUUCUCCGUUUCUCAUGUUAGUUUCCUCUGUUCAUUCCAUCUUCGCAUCUUUUCCUCUGUUUUGCAUCAAUCAUAUACUAUACCUCUGUUUUAUCUGCUCUGUUUUGAUUGAAACCCCAUUUCUUGAAAAACCUUUGCUAAUUACUUCAAGUUAAAGAAAAAAACCUAACUUAAUCUAAUCUCUAGAAAACAAAAUUUAAACAAACUUCAUAUCUUUUGUAUCAAACAUUAUCUUAUACUGUCAAAUCCUUCUUCUGGGUUGUCUUAUACUUCUGCAAUCAUAACAACGUUUUACUAAGAAGAAGGAGAAGAAGAAGGAAUAAGAACAGAGCCUUCUUCUGGUAGUACUAUGAAUUACAAGACAUCAUGGCCAAAAGUGGUUGUGAGAAAAUGGCUAAACAUUAAAAGUGGAGCUAAAGAGUUCCAUUCAGAUCAUGAAAUUGCAGAUUUGGCUGGAAUGAAUUCAGUAGAAGAUCAUUAUGAUUCAGAAACUUGGCUGACUGAGGCUGCCCCACAGAGUUUGAAACGUCCAAGGAUUGAAUCAGACAAUCCAGCAUCUGUUCCAGACCCUCUAAACAAAAGGAUGUUUGUGGGUACAUGGAAUGUUGGAGGAAAAUGUCCCCACGAAGGGUUGAAUUUAAAGGAUUGGCUACUAACUCCUGUUCCUGCAGACAUUUAUGUUCUUGGGUUUCAGGAAAUUGUACCUCUGAAUUCAGGGAAUGUGUUAGGUGCAGAGGACUACGCUCCUGCCUUGAAGUGGCUUUCACUUAUACGCCAAGCUCUGAAUAAUACUGAUAAGAAUACAGAAUUCCCCCAAAAUCCUAUAAGUCGCAAAGAACAUAAGAAUAUGAAAACUAGAAUUAGCUUCUCUGAUCUGAUAUUAUUAGAGGAUGUAUUGAAUAAAGAGGAUUUAGGAAGACAUUCAACUUCGAGUUCGAACUCGGACAUAGAGGAUGAACCCUCUAAUUUUUCAAUGAGGCGUAAAUCUCCAAAGAAUAGUACUAGUAGUCGUUACAGCUUAGCUGCAAGUAAGCAAAUGGUAGGCAUCUUUUUGUGUGUGUGGGUUCGAACUGAUCUUAACCAACAUGUCAGCAAUUUAAAAGUCUCGUGUGUUGGAAGAGGCAUUAUGGGGUAUCUUGGAAAUAAGGGUUCGGUUUCAAUCAGUAUGACAUUGCAUCAAACAACCUUUUGCUUUGUGUGCACCCAUUUAACUUCAGGCGAGAAAGAAGGUGAUGAGGUUCGGAGAAAUUCCGAUGUCACUGAGAUAUUGAAGAAAACGAAGUUCUCUCAAUCUCAGAGAUUUUCCGGACAACCAUUCACACCUUCCCCUGUUAGAAUUUUAGAACAUGAUCAUACCAUAUGGCUUGGGGAUUUGAAUUAUCGACUUGCCUUUCCUGGUGGCGACACAGAUGAACUUCUGAAAAAUGAAGAUUGGGAAACCCUUCUCAAGAAAGACCAGCUCAUGAUAGAACAAAGAGCUGGCCGGGUGUUCAAAGGAUGGGAAGAAGGAAGCAUAUGUUUUGCCCCUACAUACAAGUACCUUGAUAAUUCUGACCAGUACGUUGCGCAGAACCAAACAUCCAAAUCAAAAGAGAAGCGAAGAACACCUGCCUGGUGUGACAGAAUACUAUGGAAAGGCAAAGGAAUGAAGCAGAUGUGGUAUGUAAGAGGCGAGAACAAAUUUUCGGACCAUAGGCCUGUCUACACCAUGUUCUCAGUGCAACUCGACACCCCAAUUCACGGAAAUAAAGUACAGAAGUCAACCAGCUCCUCAUCCUCUGCAAUUACGACAACAGCAACAACUCCUACUUCUUUUUCCCUUAAAAGUUCAACUUUUACAGCUUCUACUACUUCUACAAAGGGAAUGAUGCAUUUGGCAACAGCAUGUGUUGCCAAAAUCCAAGCUGAAGAGCUAUUGGUACUGCCUAAUAUUGCAACAGAUGCUUCCAGUUCAGGUUUCUGAACAUCCCGUCACUAAAAUCCGUACUCGAAACAUGAUUCAGUUAUAACCGGAGGUAAAUUUGUAAAUAUAUGUUGCGCUGAUUCAGAGGUGGUGUCUCAUAAUUUUAAAUUCUGCAUCACUCCACUGGAUAAGUAUCUGUAAAGAGAUCUACUUACUAGACCCCAAAGAGAUUGCUAUGAAAAACAAUGAGAAGCUUGCAGGUGUGAUGCUGCCAAGACUUGAGUGGAAAAGCAAUGACUUAUUGGGGGGCAUGAAGACAUCAAGCAUGCUUCAUGUGGUGUAUCUCUAUAGCUAAUUUGGAUGUCAAGAAAAAUGCUAAAAGCCUUUUCUUAUUAUGAUUUUGCAGCUGAAAGCCUAAACUCAUGAAAGCCUAAUUUUGAUGUCAAGAAAAUGAAAGGCUUAGGAAAAGGACUAAGUGUCAAUGUAUGAUGUAUAUCUAAUAUAU